UGGUGGUGCACCGGAUACAACCAGUAUCGCACCUGCUCCCACCGGCAUCUGCCAGUCCCAAACUUUAAAUCAUUCCACCACCUCUUUCACCCCUGUUCGCCCAGCUCUGGAUUAUUCCCCCGGACUUCUUCUCUCCUUCCGCUUCUUCUAUCUUUUUCUCCUUCUUCCCGUUUCCAAUCAUCUCUACAGAUCACUCUGUCGUCAGAUCUCUCCUCAGAUAAUGUUCGGUUUUCUUUGAGAUUAGACUCUACUUACCGCAGUAGACCAUCUCUCGUUUUUCGUGUUUCAGGGCUGAAUUUCGCUAGGGUUUUGCUGCGGUCUUCAGCUCAUAAACGUGGCUUCAACGGAGAACAAGCGAAUUCAGAACUUGAUGUUAGAGCCGCGUUCUUGUUUUGACAAUGUUAUCAUAGAUCUCAGCUUUUUCAAGAUGGAGAGCAAAUAAACCCUAGGCUACUUGGAGACGGCGAAAAAUCUGCUAUCUAGUGGUUUUAAUAACUUGAGAAGAAGAGGAAUUAGAAGGCCAGCACUUGGCUUUUAUCAGAUAAAGUUUCCGGUUUUUUCGCUAUGUCUGGAGCACCCAAGGUCCGAUCCAUGAAUGUGGCAGAUUCAGAAACUAGACCAGUUCUUGGACCCGCUGGAAAUAAGGCGAGGUCUACAGCGGCUGUGGCUCGGAAGCCAGCUUUGAAACCACUGAGAAAAAUGGAAGGGGAUGAGUCUUUGGUGAAAGAAGAUAAAAAAGAGGCUCCUUUGGUUGUAGAUUCUCAUCCUCUCACGCCGCAAAUGAGUGCUUCUACUGUUCUGAAGAGACAAGAACUACUGCUGCGCUCUAAUUUUUCACUGAAUGCUUCUUGCUCUUCGGAUGCAUCAACAGAUUCAUUUUGCAGUAGAGCUUCAACUGGGAGAAUAGGAAGGGGGGGCUUUUCUGGCAGGAGAAAGCAGAGUGUUUCAAAGCCCGAGAAGAUUAUGGCGAAAAUGGAGAAGAUUGUACCUGAUGAUGCUGUUGUGCGGGCAGGGGAGAACUUGUUUGGGAAGAAGAGGUGUGCUUGGGUAACGCCAAAUAGUGAUCCAGCUUAUGUUGCAUUUCAUGAUGACGAAUGGGGUGUUCCUGUUUAUGAUGAUAGGAGGCUUUUUGAAUUGCUUGUUCUAUCAGGUGCUUUAGCAGAACUCACUUGGCCUGCGAUUCUUAGCAGAAGGCACAUAUUUCGAGAAGUUUUCAUGGAUUUUGACCCAUUGUUGGUUUCUAAAAUCAAUGAGAAGAAGCUUACUGCUCCGGGGAGUUCUGCAAGUUCGCUGCUUUCUGAACCGAAAUUGCGUGGUGUUGUGGAAAAUGCGCGAGUAAUUCUCAAGAUAACAGAGGAGUUCGGAUCUUUCAACAAUUACUGCUGGAGUUUUGUGAACCAAAAACCAAUCACAAGCCGAUUCCGAUAUCCUCGUCAAGUCCCGGUAAAAACUCCGAAGGCGGAUUCAAUUAGCAAGGACAUGGUUCGAAGGGGUUUCCGCUGCGUCGGACCUACAGUCAUCUACUCGUUCAUGCAAACGGCGGGGAUGACAAAUGAUCACCUAAUCAGCUGCUACCGGUUCGACGAAUGUCAUGCUGUCGCCGCCGCCGUCAAUCCGACAGACGAAAUUGAUUCAAAUUACACAAAUGGAGAAGCGGCGGAGGCCAAGGUAAAUGGGGACGAGAAAGAAGAGAAGAAGGUUGAUGGGGAAGCUGAUAUUGGUAUGGAAUUUGUUAGGGUUAUUGAUUCUGUCAGUGUGUCAUAGCAGGCAUGUGUGGUUGCUUAGAAUUUGUAUGCAUGGGUUAGACCGGCUUUUGUGCCUGGGUUUUUGAGGUAUUUUGUUGCAGGGAAGGAUGUGGUUAUUCUGUUUAUAAAUGUUGGAAUUCUUAUGCAAUUUUUAAGCUUGUAGAUUUUUAACCGGUUUAGUUGAUUUGAUGGUAUGAUUACAUAGAUAGCA